UGUAGCAUUCACUAUACAAGCCGCAUUUUGCCAACGAUAAGAGCGGCUACAGCUGACAGUACGAGAGCGAUCACUUAUUCCACAGAGCACAUCUGGGAAAGCUGGAAUCUACUCUCCCCACCAAAUCCUGUUCAAAAUGCGUGAAAUUGUGCACCUUCAGAUUGGCCAGUGUGGAAACCAAAUUGGAUCGAAGUUCUGGGAAGUCAUAAGCGAUGAGCAUGGAAUUGAUACCACGGGAAACUACCGCGGAGACUCACCACUGCAACAGGAAAGAAUUAAUGUUUAUUUCAAUGAAGCAUAUUCCCACAAGUAUGUUCCUCGUGCUAUCUUGGUGGACUUGGAGCCUGGAACGAUGGACAGCGUGAGGUCCAGCAAAAUAGGCCCACUCUUUCGACCCGAUAACUUUAUUCAUGGAAAUUCUGGCGCCGGGAACAACUGGGCAAAAGGCCAUUACACUGAAGGGGCUGAAUUGAUUGAAAGCGUGAUGGACGUCGUGAGGAACGAGUGUGAGGGCUGCGACUGCCUGCAGGGCUUUCAGCUGACCCAUUCCCUUGGUGGCGGGACUGGGUCUGGAAUGGGCACCCUUCUGAUUAACAAGAUCAAAGAAGAAUACCCUGACAGGAUCAUGAACACCUUCAGCGUAGUACCAUCCCCCAAAGUUUCGGACACCGUUGUUGAGCCAUACAACGCCAUAUUAUCCAUCCACCAGCUGAUAGAGAACACGGACGAAACCUUCUGCAUCGAUAAUGAAGCCCUCUACGACAUAUGCUUUAGGACGCUGAAGCUUCCCUCGCCGGCCUAUGGGGACCUCAACCACCUGGUGUCCCUCACCAUGAGUGGUGUCACCACCUCGCUCCGCUUCCCUGGCCAGCUCAAUGCAGACUUGAGGAAGUUGGCCGUCAACAUGGUGCCUUUCCCUCGACUACAUUUCUUCAUGCCAGGCUUUGCGCCACUUACGGCCCGGGGCAGCCAGCAGUACAGAGCCCUCUCCGUCCCAGAGCUCACCCAACAGAUGUUUGAUGCAAGGAACAUGAUGGCAGCCUGUGACCCGCGUCACGGCCGCUACUUGACGGUGGCCUGCAUCUUCCGAGGCCAGAUGUCUACCAGGGAGGUGGAUGAGCAGCUGCUGGCUGUGCAGACGAAGCACAGCAGCCAGUUUGUGGAGUGGAUCCCCAACAAUGUCAAGGUGGCCGUGUGUGAUAUUCCGCCCCAUGGCCUCAAGAUGGCGGCCACCUUCAUAGGGAACAACACAGCCAUACAAGAGAUCUUCAAGAGGCUGUCCGAGCAGUUCUCAGCCAUGUUCAGGAGGAAAGCAUUUCUGCACUGGUAUACCGGGGAAGGAAUGGAUGAGAUGGAAUUUUCUGAAGCUGAAAGCAACACUAAUGACUUGGUGUCCGAGUAUCAGCAGUAUCAAGAUGCCACAGCCGAUGUAGAAGAAUAUGUGGAGGUGGAGGCAGAGGCAAGCCAGGAAGAAGAAGAAGAAGAAAAGGAAGCUUCUUAAAAAUAAGAGUGAUGAUUGAAAGGAAUGCUGAUUAUUACCAUCAGUGAGGUGGCUGGACUUACCUAUGUUUCUAAAAUAACUUUUUAGUCUACUGAAUGCAGGAGCAGCCAUUUUUGUGCAUUGAACCAAAGCAUACACAGCCACAAUGUUGGCUGCAAUCUCUCUCUCUCUCUGAGAAAAUCCCCCUACUGAAAGCCAGUGCUAUUUUUCUAGAAAAUAUGGUGCUGGAACUCACCAUGAACGCUUCCCUUGUUCUCUUAUAAUGGUAAUGGCGCCCACCUGAAAGGUGCCGGAACUGAGUUCCGGUGAGUUCCAGCUGGGGGGAAAAAAGCCCUGCUGAAAUCUGUUUAAAAUUAAGUAUUUCUUCUGAAUUAGUGCAUCUAAUGCAAAUAAGACAUUUUAGACUAGUGGGAAAAAUUAUACCAGCAUGCUGCUUCAAAGGACAUAUCCCAGGGCUUCAGUUGAUGGAACAAAUUACAAAGGAUGACACGGUGACCAACAGCAGCAAAGUAGUUAAGGACAGACAAAAUGCUUCAAUUCCCCUCUGGUCAAAUGCAACCAUCCAUGGUCCUGGAGGAAGUUGCACACCUCUGUCUGCAUCAUAGACACAUCAACCUAGUUUAAUGGAGCCUGGAUGAGUACCCUGAUGUUCGGCACAUUCAUCUUGCAGGAUCAGGGUGACUGUAUUUUUUGCCUUUCUCGUGUGAGCAUCCUCUUAUGCACAUUUGUCAGAUGAGUUUGUUAAUUACCAAGGAAGGUAUUCAAAUUUA